AUGCGCCAGCUCAGUGAAGGUGUGUUCUUUGCUGGUAAGGAAGUAUCUUUGCUUGACAAAGGACACAAUUCACAUCAAUCUAUUCUUUCACUUGAACAGGAAAUUCCUCUCCUUAGUCAGUUUGAACAUCAAAAUAUAGUCCAGCAUUAUGGAACUGACAAGGGAGAUUCUAAACUCUACAUUUUUAUUGAGCUUGUUACACAGGGUUCUCUUUCAUCCCUCUAUCCGAAGUAUAAACUGCAAGACUUACAAGUCUGUGCGUACACACGGCAGAUUAUCAAUGGAUUGGUUUAUCUCGAUGAGAGGAAUGUGGUCCAUGGACAUUUCUUUCUACUCACAGGUAUCAAAUGCGCCAAUAUAUUGGUUCAUGCAAAUGGAUCGGUAAAACUUACAGAUUUUGGGUUUAUGAAGGAGGUGUCUAAAAUUAAUAUGCUGAGAUCAUGCAAAGGAAGUGUUUACUGGAUGGCACCUGAGGAUGUUAAUCAUAGAAAAACAUAUGAGCAUGCAGCUGACAUGUGGAGCUUGGGUUGUACCGUGUUGGAAAUGCUAACCUGCCAAAUACCAUAUCCGAAUGCUGAGGGGUAA